GUUCCCAUGUUUGGAUGGUGAAGCUGUGCAGGUCUUCAUCAUCAUUGCACGGUUGAUGUCCAACUGGGAGACGUGAGGAUUUUAUCAGAAUAACAUCGUUCAGAGAUCCGGAUAUAUAUCGACAAAUCAGCCGACAUCAUGAGCAAAGUGCAGGGAGGGAUGAAAUGCGUGAAAUAUCUGCUUUUCGUUUUCAACUUCAUCUUUUGGCUGUCGGGCCUGUUGGUGCUGGCUGUGGGACUUUGGCUCAGAUUUGACCCAGAGACGGUGGAGCUGCUGAACGGUGACGGAGCGCCCGACACCUUCUUCAUAGCCGUGUACAUCCUCCUCGGUGCCGGAGGGCUGAUGAUGAUCGUCGGGUUCUUUGGUUGUUUCGGUGCUGUACGUGAGUCUCAGUGUCUUCUAGCGUCGUUCUUUGCUUGCCUUCUGAUAAUCUUUGGAGCAGAGAUAGCUGCUGGUGUGUUUGGAUUCAUAAACAAGGAACAGAUUGUUGAAGAAGUCCAAAAGUUUUACAGCAGCUCCGUCUCUGACUCCACCAAUCCGAAUGGCACCGCUAUCGCAUUGAUUUACCACAAAACUCUGAACUGCUGCGGAGGUUCCACAUCAGAGAUGACUCACGAGCUUUGUGCAGGGGCAGAGGAGAACACCCAGGACUGCCUCACUGCAAUAACAGAGUUCUUCAACGAAAAGCUGCAUGUUAUUGGAUACAUUGGCAUUGGGAUUGCAGGAGUAAUGAUCAUAGGGAUGAUCUUCAGUAUGGUUCUGUGUUGUGCCAUCAGGACCAACAGGGAGGUUAUAUAGAUGGUGAGUUGACUCCCCCACCCCCCCCUCCCUCUCAACAUCUCCACCAGCCAGCCCGCUACACUCUCACUGCUCACUGACCCCUUCAUAAAAACCCGUCUGAAGGGAAACACCAAAGUCACAUUUCACUGUCAUCUCUCACAGUCCAGAGUGAUCUGGUGGGGGGGGGUUCACUGAACACCACAUUCCAGUUGUCCACGGGCCAAAUUCAACACGAUACGCUGGACCGUUAUCCUCACACCUUCUCCUCAACUCCACCAGCACUGGAAAUUAUAAUUUUGUAAUCUUCUACGUAACUCACGCUCUGCUUUCGGCACGACUCUGUGACAUUCCUUCUUUUCUUUUUUUUGGUCACACAGUGCUGCACUGUUAGCUCCUAGUCCGCACAGGAAGCCUUCUUUGACACAGGAAUGUCGUGACCGCUGUAAAUAUGGACAGCUAUUUUAUGCACCUGCUGUUAACUUUAUUUAUUGUGCCCUUUCUAGCCCGGUUUCUGUAAUCAAUACUACUUUGUGUGCUUAAAUGUUUUUGAGGACUAGCCAACCUUUCGCUGAGUAGAUUUCCAUUAUGUGCCUAUUUAGUCCAACACGAAACAAGCCUCCAGCUAUGGCACUAUUUACCUAUACCGUGUGAUUUUAAUGUGUACAUAUUGGUAUGUACAAGUAUUUCUACUUUAAAGCACAAUAGAGGAAGCGUAGAUGUGAUAUCAACCCAAAGGGUUAGGGAAGGUCUGAUGAUAAACUGCCACUCUGUGAAUUCAUCUAAAAAGGUCAUUGAUAACACUUCUGUAUGUCCGGAGCUCCUCUGGAGCACGUGUGAACUGUAACAGUGAGCUAGUUUGCAUUUUGUGUGAAUUCUUUUGGAUGUAAAUUUUGUUGGUGUGCCAAUAAGAUGUGAAUUAUAGAAUAAUAUAGUUUCUGCCAUGAUGUUAACCGUAAUAAAGACAAAUACUGGGU